UCUCGAGCCUCGAACAUGUUUGUUCUCAUCUGGUCGGCUCUGUUUGUCUCUGUGAAAGGCAGCAUUGCUGACACAGGUGACUCAGCCUUGGCGCAACAACACUGUGACAAAGGAUACUGUCUUAAUCUCACUGAGCGAGAGCUAACAGCAGAGGCUGGACUCUGUGUUGUGAUCCCGUGUUCUUUCACUACUGCUGCUAACUUUACACCCAAACAUAUAGUUUGGUACAAAUGUGAAGCAUCUCAAAAAAUUUGCAGUGAUGCUGACAUAAUAUUUCACAGCAACAAAACCACAGACACAAACACUCAGUCUGGGUUUGAAGGACGAGUGUCACGUUUGGAGCCUGAUGUGAGUCAGAACAACUGCAGCAUCAUCAUUAAUGAUCUCAAAGAGUCUGAUAAUGGAUCAUAUCAGCUCAGAGUUACUGGAGAACUGAAUGGAAAACAAGAUGGAUUUACAUUCAUUCCAAGAGUAACUGUCUCUGUUAAAGGUCUUAAUCAAAAACGCAGAGUUAAGAUUCCCACACUGACAGAGGGACAGCAGGCCACACUGACCUGCACUGCUCCUGGUCUCUGCUCUGGAUCCGUUCCUAAAAUUACCUGGACAUGGAGAGGAGCAGGAGGGACUGAAUCUUACAUUGCAGGGAACAGCACUGCUUUCAAGACCGGGAAUCUGACUGCUUUCAGACAGAGACACAUCUCAACUUUGACCUUUAAUCCUUCAUCUGAACAGCACAACACUAGUGUCACUUGCAAGAUCAACUUCACAGGUGGAAAAAGUACACAGAAGACUUUCACUCUAAAUGUGAACCAUAACAGGGCUGCUCGGAUCAUUGGGAAUACAACUGUGAAGGAGGGAGAUGUUCUGAAUCUGACCUGCAGUGUUGAAAGCUUUCCUCCAUCUGUGAUCGUGUGGUCUAAAUGUGGUUCUAACACAAAACUGCACAAUGACACUGGAUCAGCUAUACUUGUCGUCCGUAAUGUGACAUCAGAACAUUCAGGGCAGUACAUCUGUACAGUAAAACAUCUGGACACAGCUGUGACUUCAUAUGUUGAUGUAACUGUGACUUGGCAUACAAAGAUACAGAAUGGCUCAGGAUGUGUGCUUCAGUCUGAGGGUUUGACCUGUGUUUGCAUCAAUGAAGGCUUUCCUUUACCUAACAUCACAUGGCCUCUGUUGAAUCACCACACUGAGUACUCUGUCAUUACUAGUGUAUUAAACCACACAGUCAACAGCACUGUCAGUGUAACUGUAAAAAACCAUGGCAACAGCACUGUUGAAUGUGUCAGCAACAAUGGAAAUGGAGAAGAAAGAGAAAACCUGCUGAUCAAUAACAACUUGUCCAAAAAAGAUGUGCUACAGAUAUAUGACGGUCAAGCAUUACAAAACAACCAGACCCUGAACUCAAACAGUGGGACAAACGAAGUGGAAUAUGCCACCAUUGAUUUUUCCCUGUUAAAAACACACAUUGGCAGAAAGGCAGCAAGGACGCAAGAAAGCACAAAGACGGAGUACGCUGAAAUCAAGAAGAUAAUAAAAAAAGAACAAGAAGAUGAUGGUGGAGACGACGGUAAAAUGUUGGAGGGGGAGAUGAAACACUGUGAACCAGAAAAGAAGGAAGAGGAAGAUGAGGCAGUGUACUCCACUGUGAAUGAUAUAAUAGAUGAUAAUUAA